AUGAAGUUCGCCGAGCACCUCGCGGCGCACAUCACCCCCGAGUGGCGGAAGCAGUACAUCCAGUAUGAGGCUUUGAAAGAGAUGCUAUAUGCAGCUGUGGACCAGGCCCCUUCUAUAGAAGACACAGAUGAGGACACAGUGAAAAGGUGUUUUGCCACGUUUGAAGAGAAGUUCUUCCAGACCUGUGAGAAAGAACUUGCCAAAAUCAAUAUUUUCUAUUCAGAAAAGCUUGCAGAAGCUCAGCGCAGGUUUACUACUCUUCGGACUGAGUUACAGUCAACUUUGGACGCACAGAAAGAAGCCAGUGGGGCUUCCACGCUGCAGCGGCGCAGAAAGCCGGUCUUCCACCUGUCCCACGAAGAGCGUGUCCAGCAUAGGAAUAUCAAAGAUCUGAAAUUGGCCUUCAGCGAGCUCUACCUCAGCCUCAUCUUACUGCAGAACUAUCAGAACCUGAACUUCACCGGCUUCCGCAAGAUCUUAAAGAAGCAUGACAAGAACCUGGAGACGGCGCGGGGGGCGGAAUGGCGGGUGGCCGAGGUGGAGGUGGCACCCUUCUACACCUGCAAGAAGAUCAACCAGCUUAUCUCCGAAACAGAGGAAGUGGUGACCAACGAGUUAGAAGAUGGAGACAGACAGAAGGCUAUGAAACGUUUGCGUGUUCCACCCUUAGGAGCAGCUCAGCCUGUACCAGCCUGGACUACGUUCAGGGUUGGAUUGUUCUGUGGGUUGUUCAUCGCACUGAACGUCACUGUCAUACUUUCAGGUGUGGCUUUUAUAGAUGGACCAAAUGUGUGGCCACUUGUGAGAAUCUAUCGAGGUGGCUUUCUCCUGAUAGAAUUCCUCUUUCUCCUGGGUAUCAACACAUAUGGCUGGAGACAGGCUGGAGUGAAUCACGUCCUCAUCUUCGAACUCAAUCCCCGCAGCAACUUGUCCCAUCAACAUCUCUUUGAGAUUGCUGGUUUCCUGGGGGUUUUGUGGUGCCUGAGCCUGCUGGCAUGUAUAUAUGGUAAAUUCACCUACAUCCCUAUGCAGGUGAAUCCACUCAUCUUGUAUGGCUUCAUGUUGCUUUUUCUCAUCAACCCUACCAAAACCUUAUAUUACAAGUCCCGUUUUUGGCUGCUCAAACUAUUGUUUCGAGUGUUCACUGCUCCCUUCCACAAGGUGGGCUUCGCAGAUUUCUGGCUGGCUGACCAGCUCAACAGCCUGGUUGUGAUACUCAUGGAUCUGGAAUACAUGAUCUGCUUCUACAGCUUUGAGGUUCAGUGGGAGGACAAUGCUGGACUUCUGCCAAAAGAGCUGCAGAAUAAUCAGAUUUGUUACAGCUACUCCUACGGAGUGAGAGCCGUUGUCCAGUGCAUCCCUGCUUGGUUGCGAUUCAUCCAGUGCCUGCGCCGUUACCGUGAUAACAAACGGGCCUUUCAUCUGGUUAAUGCUGGAAAAUAUUCCACCACCUUCUUCGUGGUGACAUUUGCAGCCCUCUACAGCACUCACAAAGAUAAAAACCACAGUGACACCCAAGUGUUCUUCUACCUGUGGAUUAUCUUCUGUUUCAUCAGCUCUUGCUAUACCCUUAUUUGGGACCUGAAGAUGGACUGGGGUCUCUUUGACAAAAAUGCUGGUGAAAAUACCUUUCUUCGAGAAGGAAUUGUCUACCCACAGAAAGCAUACUACUAUUGUGCCAUUGUAGAAGACGUGAUCCUGCGUUUUGCGUGGACCAUCCAGAUCUCCCUCACUUCCAUGCAAAUCUUUCCGUACGCUGGGGACAUAAUUUCUACUGUAUUUGCCCCGCUUGAGGUAUUCCGGCGGUUUGUGUGGAACUUCUUCCGUCUGGAGAAUGAGCACCUGAACAACUGUGGUGAGUUUCGUGCCGUGAGGGACAUCUCUGUGGCACCGCUCAACGCCGAUGACCUGACGCUCUUGGAUCAGAUGAUGGACCAGGAAGAUGGUGUACGAAACCGCCGCAAGAACAAACAGUGGAAGCGCAGCCAGAGCGUGUCCUUGCGCAGACCUCGUCUUGCUUCACAGUCCAAGGCUUGUGACACUAAGGUAUUGAUAGAGGACCUAGCGAAUGAAGCGAACACAUGAGAUGGCCACGGUCUCUUAUUCCGCAUCCUUUGUUUUCUCGUUCUGUUCCCCUCUUCCCCAAGUAACCCGAUCUCUGGUACAGUUCCAGCUGAAAACAGGAGAAAACACUGAACACGUUUUCCGAGCUCUUCCAGACCAGAUCCUAUGGACUCCAACAAGCUCACUGUGUUUCGUUUCUUUUCUUCUGGGUUAAUUUUAAUGUUCUAUUUUAAAAAAAAAAAUAAAAUAUUUUACUUUGUUUUGCCAAUAAAGAGGACA